AUGGCUGGCAUGAUUCCCCAUUGGAACCGUUUGAGUAAGAAGCCAUUGGAGGGGUUCAAGGGAAAAGAUGUAACCCUUCUUGACCGACUUCACCGGAGAUGGAUUGCGAACUCCACCCUAAUGACGGAGGAGGUGAUGGCGUCGGAUUCCCCGACUAGGUCAGAGUCUAGCAUGGACUCUGCCCUAGACGUUUCUCGAGUAGAGGGUUCUAGACCUAUUCCUCCUAACCUUCACUCGAAGGGCAUGAAAUUGGAUUCCAAUUUUGCCAAGCCUCCCAUGGUGUUUACGAGGGCUACAUCGAAAGGGUUCAUCCUAAAGAACCGCUCGGAGAGUGCUCAAGACGAUCAAAUGAUCAGGAUGUUCCCUCCCAACCAGAAGCGUUCUAGUCGUGAAUUAAAAAGCCGAAGCUUGAAUGACGUAUUUGCUCCUCCAGCUCCCGAUGCUAUAAGUUCUGAGCGUACCUCGGAAGAUCCCGUUACUAUUGUUUUUCACGAAUGUCCAAUUGAGCCAGACAAUGAGAUGAAGCGUGUGGAAGAUGAGGCGGAGGUGCCUCAUUCAGACAAACCGAAAGUGGAGACCGUUACUGUAGGCCUCCGGGAGAAGGUACCUGAGGAUCCCCCUUUAGAGAAAGAAAACCCCAAGGUUUUGUCUGCUGCGGUUGUGUUUCAAUAA